AUGUCGAAUAUACAAAAAACAUACACCCCUCAACAACAUAGAAAAUUAGUUAAUGCGAUAAUAUCAGUAUUAGGUACUCCAGAACAACCAACUACAGUAUCAAGAGUUUAUUCCAACGAAAAAAAUUCAGCUACUCAAGUACAGGCAUAUGCCAAGAUAGGUGGCAAGGAUUGGACUUAUUACGUCAAAGAUUUAGAAAUUUCGAUUGGUAGAACUACAAAUGCUGAAUCGAAAAAUAAUUUAGAAUUACAUUCUAAUAACAAUACUACAGAUUCUAGCUCUACCAGUACUUCUAACCAAAUUGAUGUAGAUUUAGGUCCAGCAAAAGUUGUUUCAAGGAAACAUGCAGUGGUGAAAUUUAAUAUGCAAUAUGGUGGUUGGGAAUUACAUGUAUUAGGCAGAAAUGGUGCCAAAGUUAAUUUUAAAAGAGUCACAGUUAAUUCUACUCCUUAUCCAUUAUCUUCAGGGACAAUUCUAGAUAUUGGUGGGACUCAAAUGAUGUUCAUAUUACCUGAUCAUGAACCUAUUAUCAUGCAAAAUUGUUUAGAUCAAAUAUUACCAAAACUAGUAGAUUCUUAUAUGAGUAUUACAGAUAAUCCAGAUGAUGAUGAUACUUUAUUAUCAGAUUUAAUUAAAAAUUCGGUCCAAUAUAAGACAAUUAUUCAAGAAAGAGAUAAUCAAUUAAGAAAUUUGGAAUUACAAUCAAAACAAAAUGAUGUAAAACCACAUCAGCAGAUACGAACUUUUAAAAUUUAUAAUGGCUCAAAUAAUUCAAAUUAUCCUAAUGGCUAUAAUAAUAAUUCUGACAUGGGUAACAAUGGCCAACAACCAGGGUUAGUACUAUUAUCUCCAGAUUUAUCAGGCUCAACUGCUUCCUUUAGUAGCAAUCAUUCUGUGGGGACUGCAAUUUUAGGUCCAGGUUCAUCAAGACAUGAUAUGCCUUCUGUUUUGGCUACUGAAUUCCCACAUUCUGUAGAUUUUAGUUCAGAUUUAUCCUUACCUGAAAAUAGAAGCGUCAAACCACCACAUUCUUAUGCUACAAUGAUCACUCAAGCUAUAUUAUCAACUUCAGAAGGUGUAAUAUCAUUAGCAGAUAUUUAUAAAUAUAUUUCAGAUAAUUAUGCUUACUAUAGAUUUGCCAAGAGUGGUUGGCAAAAUUCCAUUAGACAUAAUUUAUCAUUGAAUAAAGCUUUUGAAAAAGUUCCAAGGAAACCAAAUGAACCAGGAAAAGGGAUGAAAUGGAGAAUAAAUGAAGAUUAUCAAAGAGAUUUAUUGAAAAAAUGGAAUUCGGGUAAAAUUUCAAAAGUUAUUAGAAGAGGUUCUUCAGUAACAAGACAAUUACAACUUUACAUGUCAAAAUAUAAUACUUUACCAGUACAACAACAAGAACAAAAAUUAUUACAAAAGGAAAAAGAUAAAUUAAAUAAAAGUAAUCUAACUGAUAAGACUACUCAAUACCAGCAACAAAAUCCAAUCCAACAAUAUUCUAUUUCACAACAAUCAACCCAAAAACAACCAUAUCAACCAAAUACUAAUACUAACAUCAUAAAUAAUAAUACUGCUCUUCCACAACAAAAUCAAAUAAUUCAAAAUAAUCAAUAUCAUCACAGUAAUAAUACAUUACAACAAUCAAACUCUCUUCCUUCAGCACAAUAUCAACGAAAUUCAAUACAAAACCCUCCACAUAUAAAACAAAUUCAUUCAUUUGAUGGUUCCAUUUCAAAACCAACUCAUAAUUCAAAUAGUAAAGAAAAUAACCCAAUAAGAAGAUUAGAAAACGUACCUAUGGUUGCAACAAGAUCCUCUAUGGAUUUGAAUAAUCACUUGCAUACGUCCAAUUCAAUGUCCAAUAUUCUUCAAAAUCAUAUGCCAAACCAACCCAUACAACAGCAACAACAGCAACAUGCUACACACAAUUAUUCGAAUUCUUUUCAACAUCCAAUCCAAAAUUCAAAUCAGAAUUCUUUAAAUCAAACACAUUUUCAAUCAAUUUCUAAUCAAAACAAUUCCUCUUUAAUGCCUUUUUCCAAUAGUAUGAGUUAUAGACAAGAUGGCCUAUCUAUCUUAACUACAGCAAAUAAUAGUGCCAAUACGAAUUUUAAUUCAAAUAGUCACGGUAAUAACCAAUAUCCUCAUCCUAUAAAUACGAGUCGAUCAAUGAAUCCAAUUUUACAACCACCUACUGGAAUUGGUUACUUAUCACCAACAAAUGAUUCUUUAUUGGGAUCUCCAACUAAGGCAUUUCAUAUAACUGCUAUGGAAGCAUAUACACCAGAGAGAGGUAGUGCUCUACAUAAUAUUUCACCUAAUGGCCAUCAUGCUACUGGAAGUAUUAACAACGAAAAUCUAAAUGUGGGAAAUAAAGUUAGCGACAAUUCAAAUACUUUCAGUAGUACUGAUUUAAAAGGCUAUUCAGUAUCUAACGGCCCACUAUUAAAACAAGAUAGUAGUGCAUCUAAAUCAAAUGCCAAAAGUUCUCCAAAUGUUUGGAAUUUAUUACAGUUUACUUCUGCCACAAAUACUCCUGGCAACCCUUCAAGAGAAAAUAAUGGCGAUGCGUCUUUAUUUGGGCCAAAUGGUGCAACUAUUACUAAUGAAAGUAAAGGUAUCGAUAAUGAAGACCGGUCAGCUAAUAUCUCUUCUUCUCCUUUGAAAAGACAAUCGCAUAAUAUCCAUAAUGCCCCAAAUAAUGAACUAAUAUUAGAUACAGAAAGUGCCAAGAUAAGUGUUGUCCACGAUUAA